AUGUACGUGAGUGACUGCGUUCCACUUUAUUCCACAGUUUGUAGUGGUCCGCUUGAAACUAGUGAUAUUCUUGGGCGAAAUGAAACUGCGAUUGAUGCGAAAUCGCGAGGCAGUUGGGCUGGUUCAUUGAUCUACUCUUUGAAACAAGAAAUUCUGGAGAACCCUCACAUCGCAGAAUCCUACGUUAAACAUGAAACGACACUGCUAUCAAGUUGGUCAGAGCACGAUCCAAUUCUAUGUGUUCUGAAGAAGUUUUCAGUUCGAGAACAUUUCGCAGCCAACAAAGCCAUGGGCAAUGCGAAGCGUUGA